ACCACUCUCUCUCUCUCUCUACACUCUCCUCUUUUCUCUCCUCUUCCCAUCACAACUGGUUUAGUUAUGUUCACAUCAGAUGACUUUGAAGAAAUGUUUCAGUGCCCUGAUCAAAAUUCAAUGAUGAUCAUCGAAAACAAUAAUCAAAAGUGGAAUAAAUCUCAUCACGUCGAAAUAGCACCAAACUGUCCAAGAUGUGCAUCAUCAAAUACCAAAUUUUGUUACUACAACAACUAUAGUCUUUCACAACCUCGCUACUUUUGCAAAGGCUGCAAAAGGUAUUGGACAAAAGGUGGCUCGCUACGUAAUGUACCCGUUGGUGGCGGUUGUCGGAAAAAUCGUAGAGCAAAAUCUGUUCGGUACAGACCCAGUCGGGUCUUCAUGGGUGGUUCACCUGACUGUGAUGAUCCAGUUCAGAAUACUGAUGAAACUGUUACUCCUCCAGCUAUUGAUCUUGAGGCUGUCUUCUCCAACUUUUUAAAUCCGGGUAUAGUAACUGAUGAACCCGUCCCAGCACCCGAACCUGAAUUGUCAAAUCCGACCCGAGAAAUUUCCCAGUUUAUAGGCGGGGUCAAUGUAGUAGAUGACAAGAUGAGUGACAUUAGCGGUUUGCUGUCGCUGCGAACUGAUGAAGUUGAUCAAGAAUUCUGGCCUGAUGCUACUGUUGUAAACGAUUUUAGCUGGCAAGCGUCACCAUUACAUGAGUUUGAACCUGUUUUCGAUGACCAGUUUACGUCAUACCCGAACCUUUUAAACUGGUGAUUAGUGAUUCAA